AUGGCUAAGUCAUGGGAGGAGCAUGCCGACUUAGCACGAUCUUGUUUAAACAAAGCACGGAGGCGCAUGAAGAAGUGGGCCGAUAAGAAGAGACGGCCUUUGGAAUUUAAAGUUGGCGACCAAGUCCUUGUGAAAAUAUUACCUCAACAAUUCAAGGCGUACCGAAGUGUGCACAAAGGCUUGGUACGGAGAUAUGAAGGGCCGUUCCCGGUGAUAGCUAAGGUUGGAAAGGUAUCUUAUCGCCUUGAUCUACCUAGCACUUUAAAGAUUCAUCCCGUCUUCCAUGUGAGCAUGUUGAAGCCAUAUCAUGAAGACAUGGAAGACCCUAGCCGAGGGGAGUUACAACGGGCACCUCCGAUUGUAACUAAGUCAUUUGACAAGGAGGUUGAUGAGGCUGAUGAGCCAGAAGAAAUAGGAGGUUCCUGUACGACACGAGUUGACUUCAAGAGUAAGUCUUCAUUUAAUAAUGCUGAUAUAGUCAAAACAAUGCUGGAGUUUUACGGCAAGAAACUGAUGAGCCCAAAGAGAUGA